CCGGGAGAGCGAGGGGGCGGGACCAAUGAGAGAGCCGGAGCCGGAAGAGAAGGGGUGGGCCUAUGAAGGACGCCGAAAAAGCGAGGAGCUACGGGGCGGGGCUAGCGGGAGACAGCGCUCCGAGAAAAGUGGUCGGGGUAGGCCCAAAGCAAACUCGGUCCGUCAGCGCGCGCGAGGAGCGGCGGUCUUGGCGCAGCCACGGAAGGGCUGGGGAAGAGGGCCUUCACUGAGCCUGUCAGGAAAGGAGGUUGGGAAGAAGAAGAGAUCCCAGACGAGGCGGACAAUCCAAGGUGUUUCUUUCACUGGGCGCCCAGAAGACUGUUCCCAUUUUGGAGACGUCCCCAGUAUUCAGGAGGUGCCUGCAUUCCUGUCCCCUGGGGCCAUGGGCCCAGGCGGGGGCCUGUAUGCUUGUGACGACCCUCAGUACUGGACGGCCGUGCUGGGCUGCUACAAGGAGGUGAUCAGAGCCAAAGAGGGCAAGUCCCGGAAGCUUGUCGCUUUGGAUGCAUGGUAUCAGGAGGAGCUGCCAGUUUCCAUAAGAGAGAGAAAGGAGAAAUAUCUAACUCGAGAUGAAUUGGUGAAGCUGAUGGAAUGGAAGCUGGCGAGGGGCAAGUUCAGACCACGACUGCAGCAUUUGGUGGCCACUAACCCGGAGGAGUUGGUAAAGCGGUGCACAGCAGCAGCCUUCUCUCUGCUACCCAAUGUGGAAGCUGCCAUCACAGAGUUGAGCCAGCUUAAGGCUGUGGGACCAGCCACUGCCUCUGCAAUCCUGACUGCCGGCGCCCCAGAGACCACAGCAUUCAUGGCAGAUGAGGCAGUGGCUGCUGUCCCUGACCUCCCUGGGCUCCAGUAUACCCUCAAAUACUACCUCCUGUAUCUGGACAAGAUCCAGGACUGUGCUAAGAGACUGAACCAAGUUGAUGCUUCAUCAGGAUGGACUCCUCACCAGAUAGAGAUGUGCCUCUGGACCUGGACUAUGGCCCAAAAACUGUGUCCCACAGUCCUGCCUCCCUCUUCUUGGACAGCCCCCAAAGCCAAGGAAGGUGCUGAAGAUGUCAGGCCACCCAAGAAGCGAAAAGCUAGUAUUCCCUGAUCCUGGGCAUCUGUAUCCACUCCACCCAGAGAGACAGUAACCUGCAUCCAGGCUCCUCUCCUCCACUGAUGUCCAAGGAGGGCUCAGGGCAGAGGGCAGCCAGUGCCAUCCAUUAAAGUUGCCUACUGUCAGGUGACUGUCUUGUGUCUGAGGCCAGGUUUUGGCUGGGAUCCCCCUGGGUCCAGGGGUGAUGCUUUGUCCACUGUGUCACCUAGCUAGGUGAUGACAUUUGUAGGGUUAAAUUGAGGGGUGAA